UCAUUGUUUUUGCAACUCUACCACACAAGCCAGCCGAAAAAAGUGAAGAAAUAUUGAAAAUCAUUUUUCAAGACAAACUAUUUUAUAGUUGGUACUUAUUCCAAGUACCGAAAACUAUAUUCUUGCCAAUCGGAUGGCUGCCUGAAACGAGAGGAACGCAAACGAAGGAAAGGUAAAAAUAAAAAGCAAAAAUGACCCAAUAUCUUCCGCCCAAUCUGCUGGCGCUAUUUGCGGCCCGGGACCCUAUCCCUUUCAUGCCGCCGGUGGAUAAGCUGCCGCAUGAGAAGAAAUCGCGUGGCUACCUGGGAGUGGCCAAGUUCAUGGCCGACUUCGAGGACCCUAAGGACACACCGCUGCCCAAAACGGUGGAGACACGCCAGGAGAGGCUGGAGCGACGGCGUCGAGAAAAGGCUGAGCAAGUGGCGUACAAGUUGGAGCGCGAGAUCGCGCUGUGGGAUCCGACCGAGAUUAAGAACGCCACUGAGGACCCGUUUCGUACGCUGUUCAUCGCACGCAUCAACUACGAUACUUCGGAGUCCAAACUGCGGCGCGAGUUCGAGUUCUACGGGCCCAUCAAGAAGAUUGUCCUGAUCCAUGACCAGGAGUCAGGUAAACCCAAGGGCUACGCCUUCAUCGAGUACGAGCACGAGCGGGAUAUGCACGCCGCCUACAAGCACGCCGAUGGUAAGAAGAUCGACAGCAAGCGAGUCCUGGUCGACGUGGAACGAGCUCGCACUGUGAAGGGAUGGCUGCCGCGACGCCUAGGCGGCGGUCUUGGUGGCACCCGUCGCGGCGGCAACGACGUCAACAUCAAACACUCAGGACGCGAGGACAAUGAGCGGGAACGCGAACGCUACAGACUGGAACGAGAGCGUGAGGACCGCGAGGGGCCUGGACGCGGCGGCAACAACGGCAUGGAGGCCGCCAGGGGCGGUCGUGGUUUUGGGGGAGACCGUCGCCGAUCCCGUUCCAGGGACCGGCGGGACAGGGAACGCGAUCGCGGACGUGGUGCUGUGGCCGCUAGUGGGCGUUCGCGCAGCCGAUCCCGCGAGCGCAGAAAACGACGGGCCGGCAGUCGCGAACGAUAUGACGAAUUUGACCGAAGGGAUAGGCGCGACCGGGAUCGGGAGCGUGAUCGAGAUCGUGAUCGUGAGCGUGAUCAGAAGAAGAAGAAGCGUUCCAAGUCACGAGAACGCGAAUCCUCCCGGGAGCGUCGCGAACGGAAGCGGGAGCGAAGAGAUCGUGAACGCGGCACCGGAGCUGGCGGCGUUGGUGAUGUCAAGGAGCGCAAGCCCGACUUCCGCGAAAUGGACAUUAUCAAAAUCAAGGAAGAGCCCAUUGACGACGGCUAUCCAACAUUCGACUACCAGAACACGGCCAUUAAGCGCGAGGUCGACGACGACGAGGAUGAGGAAAAGUACCGGCCGCCGCCUGCGCAUCACAAUAUGUUUAGUGUGCCGCCGCCACCCAUUAUGGGGCGUGGCAAUGCCAAUGCCAAUUCCGACAAUGGCCAGCAGCAGAGCUCCAGCAACGACCCGAGCUGGUGGCGCCAGUAAGGCCGAGUCUUUGGUCGCUUUCUCCAGGUUAAUAAUUGUAAACAUACAGCCGACAUUCGGUCGCGCGCGCCUAUUUAUUUAAUUGACUUGAGAGUUCCGAAGCGGAGUCGCAAUUUAGAAGGGGAAUCCCACAUCCACGCCGAAAACCAAUCCACGGUUACCAUUUUACACAGCAAAUUUUAAAAGGUACAGCAAAAAACCAGACCGCAGAUCGCAGAACACACUAAUAUGUGCGAGUAGCUUAAAACAUUUAAAUUUAUAAGUAAUUCUUAACAAAAAGAAAAUGAAUAUGAAAGAAAAGUAAGUAAAAUAAAGCUAGCCAUACA